AUGGAUUAUCUCCAUACAGGCUACAGAGAUGGUUACCGACCAUUGAGCAUGCAGAUGCACGCUGCUGGAUCGUUCGCGGGCCGCGAAGAGGGGCAUAUUUCAAGUUACCACAGACGAUAUUACUUGCACUGCGAUGGUGAGAUGAAUUCGCGUAGGAACGAUGCAGCGUUUGUUUUUACAUUGUUCAUUGCAACUGUUGCGAUGCGUCGCAAGCAAAUGUAUCCUGCAUGCCCAUGUUGUGAGAACCUCAAUAGGUGGGUUUUGAAAUCUGAGCUCAAUUGGAAAGAAUUUGGUUUCAGCUCGCUCACAGCCUCCAAGGCAACAUCUAUCCCUUAUCAGUUGUAGGA